AUGUGGAGUGGUGAACGUAGAAGGAGUGCACGAAUACUUGAACUGGAAGCAAAAAAGACUCAGAAUAAGGGCAAGGCGAAAUGUGAUGCAGCCAGGGAUGUUGUUACUGAAGAUUCCGACCUGACGCAGAGAAGAAAAAAGGUUAAGAGUACACCCGUCCAGGAUCUGGUUGCAAAUACAGUUGAGUAUCAACUGAAAAAAGAGGCUGGUAAUUCGAGCAACGAAGACCAUUGUACAAAUGAUGUUUCCUUGUCAUCUGGUACUGUGUUACCAGAAAGAAGGAAGCUGGAACUGCUGCUUGGUAUAUUGAAAAGGAGAGACUUACACAAUCUAUUUGCAGAGGCAGUAAAUCCAGAAGAGGUUAAAGACUACUAUGAUAUCAUUAAAGAGCCAAUGGAUUUCGGCACGAUUUCAGCAAAACUCAAUGGACAAAGCUACAGAACACCUGAAGAAUUCGAGCAUGAUGUGUUUUUGGUAUGGAACAACGCAGUGCGUUUCAACUUGUCAACAACCACCUAUUAUAGACAGGCUUGUGCUAUAAGAGACCUAGCAGAGCGGUUGUUUGAUGCUUUGAAAAAUGACCCUGAGAACUUUGAAAGUAGCCAUUCCAUGACAAGACUGCGAGCCAGUAAGAGGGCUAAGACUGAAGUGAACAUUCAGAAUAGUUCUCACAGGUCAACAAAUGGGAUGGCUUCAAAGGUCUGUAGAGGUGAAAGAAGUUCUGAGCAUUCUGAAGUAGAUCAACAUGAAACCUACAGGCCUCUGAAUACACUCCCCACUAUGAAUGAGUCAAUGGAGUCUACAGUCUAUUGCAGCUCAAAACAACUUGUGCAGACUAAGCAGAAUAGUAUUGGAUACCAAGAAAGCUUGAUGCAGUUUGUUGGGCCAACAGCUCAAAUGGUUGCGGAGCACAAUUCCACAAAAGGUGCUGAAGAUCUUAAUCCUCACAAUGCAACUUCCAACUUUCAGUGCCGAGCUCCAAGUCAAAUUCUUAAUGUGGCAUCAUCUCAAAUGGUUGGGCCAACAGCUCAAAUGGUUGCCGAGCACAAUUCGGGAAAAGGUGCUGAAGAUCUUAAUCCUCAUCAUGUGACUUCAAACUUUCAGCAUCGAGCUCUAGGUCAAAUGCUUAACAUGGCAUCACCUCAAAUGGUUGGGCCAACAGCUCAAAUGGUUGCUGAGAAGAAUUCAGACUUGAUUUGGCAGCAGUUCAAAAACAUUACCGAUCUUCAAACUGAAGAUCUUAAUCCUGAUAAUGCAACUUCAUACUUCCAGUGUCGAGCUUUAGGCCAAAUUCAUAAUGUGGCAUCAAUUAAUUCUUACAACACCAAUCCCUUAUCUGGGAGUUCCUCCUCUAUGAACUCCUUAUUUGGAGAUGGUAAAGGCAAGAAUGUGUUGAUAGCUGAUGUGCAUGCCUCCGAUCUACGGAGGGAAAUUGAGAAGAUUCAUGGUCCAUGGCCAUUUUGGUCUGCAGCGCAGCUUCCCCAGUUUGUUUCUGGACCAAGUCCGAGUCCAGCCCUGGGCCCAAGUUAUCUUGGAGGUGGAGCACAUCAGUUUCAACCAGUGGCUGGUAGAGGAAGCACACACUAUGGAAGCAAUGUCGAGCAGGCAAGCCAAGGUUUGAAUUUGUUUAGGCCAACGGAGUUAGGGCCACAGCAACCUUUCUUCAACAAGCUAUUUGAACAGCAGAGUCAGAAUACGUCAACCUCUGGAACCAGCAGAAGUGCUAUAGAGUUAUCAGACAUAGAUGAAUGGUUAAGUGUUGGUCCUCGUCGAGACGGAUCAUCAAACACCCGAGCUCCUCCAGCAAGCGCUCAGGAGCAAGCUGCCACCGCAGGAACCGACAACUUCCCAUGGACUCUUCGCCUCUGA